UCAGCGCGUCAAACCGUGGGCAAAUUACUCGCAGGCACAACGUCGGGUCGACGGAGGACACGGAGCCGGAGCCGGCGCCUGACGAUGGCCGUCUCGCUCCCAGACGAUGCCCUCCUCGAGAUCCUGGUUCGUCUGAACGAGGCGCCCGCCCUCUUCCGUUGCGCUACGGUGUGCAAGCGGUGGCGCAGCCUCGUUGCUGACAUCUCCUUCCUCCGGCGCCGGUGGCCGGAGCACGCGUGCCCCUCCUUCGCGGGCUUCCUCAUCAAGAACCGGCGCCGCGAUCAGGGGGCCAAGGUGCUCGUCCCGACGCCCCAGUCGGCGCUGGGCCGUGGGCGCCGCAGCAUCAGCUCCUUCGUGCCUACCUGCUCAGCGAGCCUGCUAUACCGGGCGGUGCCGCUGGUCUCGCGUCGCGGCCUCCUCCUCGUGCGCCUCGUCCCUCCCCGUUCAGCGGACAUGGACUGGGAUGUCGCCUACCUAGCCGUCUGCAACCUGCUCGCCGGCACGUACAGCUUGCUCCCUCCUAUUCCUGUACAUGUAGGCUGCUUCUCUCUCUGCUCCGACAUCGACUCGGGUGACCACGAGCGGAGCGGCUGCGCCAUCCUAACCGGUGCGGACUGUCGCUCCAGCGGCGACGAGCAGCCACCAUCAGGCAAUUUGCCGUUCUUCUUCAAAGUGCUCAUCCUCACGUCGAACUUCUAUGACCUGAAGUUUGAUCUCCACACGUUCUCAUCUGACGAAGCGAGUUGGAGUACUCAUACAAAGUGCUUCAGCGGCACUAGAGAUGCCAACACCUACGGGUCAUUCUGUCAAAGCAGCGCCGUCGUGCGCGACGGCACCGCGUACUGGCUAUUUCGUGAUACUAAGUUGGUGAGACACUUCUAUCUUGUUAGAGUGGAUGCCCAGGACAGCCAAUUGUCCUUUACGAGACUCCCCGUGCCAAUUAGGGUGCCAAUUAUGUAUGACAUGGAUCGCGUGUGCCUUAGUCUUGCCACCGACGGCACGCUCUCGGUGCUACGAAUGAAACAGACGGGUUCCGAGGUAGAGAUAUGGAGACAACAAGAGAACCAACAUACAAAAACAACCGGUGCCUUAGAAUGGCUGUGCUGUCAGACAAUCGAGUUAAUACCUCCUAGGAGGGAAACUCAAGGAAGGUGCGGCUUCUACAUACUGGGGGAGAAGUGUGGCAAAUUGCUUGUCAAGGACGAGUGCCGACGCUUGUACACCGCCAACCUCGAGACCGGGGCAAUGGAGUUGGUGGCGGACUGGCCUCGCAUGCGCCCCACCAGCAUUCCGGAUCUCGUGCCUUUGGAGAUGGACUGGCCGACAUUCUUCGUUUCUCGUCUUGGUACUGCCAGUGACACCAGCCUUAAGUACUCAUCUCCCGAUGGCGAGGCAGUUCCAAGAGGAAGAAGGCGGCGUAGGAGAAGAAGAGGCAGCAGGAAGGGGCGUGGUUAUGUUGACAUGGCAUAUGUGAUGACACAGAGAUGACAUAUGGACCAAGAGGACUCACGACCAUGGUGAGGCAUCAAAGAGAGGAAAGGGGGUAACUAGAGAUAAUAUUUGAUUGUGUUUUUUUUCCAAUUAGCACAUGCGAGGGCAUCACUUUGGUGUAUUCAAA